CUUAAUCUCCGUUGAAGUCAGUCUACCCCGCGCGGCCGCCCCUCAGUAGUGAACCUCCAGGUGUGGGCGGCAUUUGGUCUCCCGUGUGCGUGCCGUGUGAGUUUGACAGGGAAGAGCAGGUUACCGAGGGAAGGUGCCGUGCCUCUGUCCUAGGGCGCAGUGAAUUCCUACAGGUACUACAGCGUCAGGGAGGGCGAGAAGAAGGCUCUUGUCUCCUGUCUAGCGGGCAUGGCACCCCGUUGUCUUGGAGGAGGUAGCUACGGCCUCUAUCCUUCAGUCUCCCUCGUGGCUUAAGAUUCGCGAUGCGGCAGGCGGCAGCGGGGGCAUUGGGGGCAGCAUGGCCAUGGGUGGUGGCGUGGGUGAUGGCUACAGCGGGCGUGGCGGCGGACGGCAGGGACCAGAACCCGCCCGUUACCAGUCCACCGCAGACAUCCAUGCCCACGCCCGCCUCUAAGCCCAUCAGCUGCGAGGAUGCGAACAUCAAGUGCGCGCUGCGGGCGGGCUGUGGCAUGGCGCUGCAGAAUUACAUGCUGGGCUGCGCGGACCUGAUAGCGGGGCGCAGCGCGGAGUGUGACCCAUACUGCAGGAACAGCCUCAUCGCCCUCACGUCCACGGAGGAAGGACACGAGCUGAUGGACUGUAUCUGUAGCGAUGACUACUGCCGGGAGAGCAAGGAACGCGUCGAGGUCUGCCGUCAGGAGGUGCUAAGAGCAAACUCCAACUCCACGGUGGUGACUUGCAGCGUGGCGCACUGGAUAUGCUCCGCGGAUACCCUCUGUGCCGCCGCCAUCACCUUCUACGACCGGUUCUGCCGAAGAAUGUUCCUGGGCAAAGGGUGCAGUUUCAGGUGCAACAACAGCCUGGCUAUCCUACAGCGUCAGACCAAGGCCGCCAAGCUUGCAACCUGCGAAUGUGACGGGACGGAGCCCUUUGACUGCGAGGGCAUCAAGAACAACACAGUGCGGCUCUGCUUCCCCCCCCAGGACGAGAUGGCGGACGAGGAGGAGGAGCUGGAGGAGGAGGAGGAGUGGACCAACCAGGUGGAGACAUCGGGGGCGGCUUGCCACUCCCUCAGCGGGGCGAGAGGCGCGGUGGAUGGCGUCUGCGGGCGUGUCCUGCGGGCGGGGCUUGUGAUGUUGAUGCUGUUGUUGACGCCGGCACGGUAACCGUGGUGGAGGAGGGAGUGAGGCGGAGGGUAGAGGGAUGUCCUUCACCACCACAACCACCACCAGUAUACACCACAGUCCCACGCUCUGCCAUGCACCGCCACCAUCACCACCAAGGUCAUUUCUACCUCUCGGCUGGUGGAGGCUGAAGACGAGUGCUUGUUUGACCUCAGAGGGCGGAAAUACAUGUGAUGAUACGUGACCGGAUCGUGAAUGAACCGUGGCUUGACCGUGACCGUCCCUGCUGCAUGUGUGAAUCGGGCCAUAAUCGGGCUCCACCAUCACCACCACCAUCACCACCAGAGUCAUUUCUCCCUCUCGGCUGGUGGAGGCUGAAGACGAGUGCUUGUUUGACCUCAGAGGACGGAAAUACAUGUGACAGUACGUGACCAGGUCGUGAAUGAACCGUGACCGGAUCGUGAAUUAACCGUGGCUUGACCGUGACCGUCCCUGGAAUCGGGCCAUAAUCUUAAGUAUCGGGCAGCAUUCAGGCUCCACCAUACACCACCACCAUCACCACCAGGGUCAUUUCUCCCUCUCGGCUGGUGGGGGCUGAAGACGAGUGCUUGUGUGACCUCAGAGGACGGAAAUACAUGUGAUAGUACGUGACAUGAUCGUGAAUGAACCGUGAUUUGACCGUGACCGUCCCUGUAGUGAGUCGGGCCAUAAUCUGAAGUAUCGGGCUCUCAUCCUUUACUAUUUCAAAGCCCACAGUGAAGAGUAACCGAGUUUUCAUGGAUGGCUUUCCCGUUCAUGGGGCGAAAUCGUGUAAAACUUUCACUAGGUUCACGAAGCAGCUCAUGAAAAUCCUUGGUGGCUUCGUGGUGCAGUGGUUAGCACACUCGGCUCAUAACCAAGAGAGCCUGGGUUCGAUUACCGGGCGGAGUGGAAAAAUUUGGGCGGCUUUUCCGAUACCCUACGCCCCUGUCCACCCAGCAGUGAAUGGGUACCAGGUAUUAAUCGGGGGUUGUGUCCCGUCUCCUGGGGUCUGUUCCCUUCUCCUAUAAUUCCUUCCCCUUCUGUCUCCGGCAUAUGACCACUGAUGUUGCGCCGACUAAACGAAACUUUCCAACUUUUCCUUUUCCGAUACCCUACGCCCCUGUCCACCCAGCAGUGAAUGGGUACCAGGUAUUAAUCGGGGGUUGUGUCCCGUCUCCUGGGGUCUGUUCCCUUCUCCUAUGAUUCCUUCCCCUUCUGUCUCUCUCCGGCAUAUGACCACAGAUGUUGCGCCGACUAAACGAAACUUUCCAACUGUUCCCUUCUCCUAUAAUUCCUUCCCCUUCCGUCUCUCUCCGGCAUAUGACCACAGAUGUUGCGCCGACUAAACCAAACUUUCCAACUUCCAUGAAAAUGACGGGAACUUCAACUAGAGGCUUUUCAAACGGGGGAACUAUGAUGCCGAUAUGUUGAAGACUACGGAGAGGUGGGGCCACAGUGCUGGGUAUAGCGAUAGACGGCCCACUUCGCUCGCCCCUUCAGAGACAGAUACCCAGAUACCAGGCGGUGGGAGGGACACGGAACUCCUAUAUCAGAGCCUUCACGUGGGGAGUGAGGGAAAGGCUUGUCUGGUUUGACUGAAUAUUGGCAGCUUGUAUUGACGGGCAGGAUUUGAAGCUGAACCCGAGUCUCCUUGCCUGCACCCCAAUAUCACUUUCUAUUCACGUUUUUCCUGAGUGAUAGAGAAAUUAGAACAAGUAACUGGGGAUGAUGGAGGGCGGGCGUCAUGGUCUAGAGGCGCUCCCAUUUUUUUGUGCAGUAACGAAGGCAGUUCAGAGGCAGCGCAAAAACAGAAAAAAUGGAGGUUAUCAUACACUGCAGGAUAGCCCGCUACACCCCGCUGCCAGAUUGUCGUACUCAGAGCAUAGUAUCUACCGGUUUCUGACGCCUAACUAUUGCUAAGAAACAUCAGAAUCUAACUCUUUUAACGAUAACUAUAAAUGCGUUUCGUUAUCGGAGCCCAGGAGACCGUUUUGGGGCAGGAAGUCGGGAAAUAUUAGCGGGUGAGUACGAUAAUCUGGCAUGUUGUACUCGACUCAUCUGAGGUUGUAGGUUUGGGAGGGUGGGUUGAAUUUCCUGUUUCCUAUUUCCCAUUCAGUAUGUCUAAGGCCUUGAACUGACUCCUUCACUCCUCUCUUUUGUCAAUUAUGCUGAUUCCUUACCUGUAAAAUAAGUCCAUGGGAAUAGCUAACCACUGUAUGUACGAUUUUUAUUUAUUUUUUAUUUAUUUUACGUCUUGAGGGGCCUGGAUGGUGUUCGGCCCCUAGCCCAUCAUGGCGCAGGCAAGUGUUUAUAGUGGCGCCAUCUUGCAUUGGCUCAUGCUGCCCCCCGGAACUCCUCCUUGAUUCACUUGGACGGUUUCCUCUAGAGUCCGGGUUGAUGGGUGGUCUUCAGGACAGCAUGUGGGUAGUUUUAAGCCACUCGGCGGUGACUGAAAAAUCCCAGGUGGUAGCGUGGGGAUUCGAACCCAAGUGAAUGUGGGCCCAGCACGCUACCACUCAGCCACCGCCUACCCUUGUCCAUCCCCCAUUUCUGUAGUGCGACUCGCCAUAAUUCCUGUCCUUAAUCUCCUGUAGCAGUACUUAACAUCUUCGCCGCUGCCUGCCAUCCUCAUGUAUCCCACAAUUUCCUUUCUCCUACGCCAUCUAAGCCCUUUACCAUAGUCUCCUUUCUCCUAUGCCAUCUAAGCCCUUUACCAUAGUCUCCUUUCUCCUAUGCCAUCUAAGCCCUUUACCAUAGUCUCAUUUCUCCUAUGCCAUCUAAGCCCUUUACCAUAGUCUCAUUUCUCCUAUGCCAUCUAAGCCCUUUACCAUAGUCUCAUUUCUCCUAUGCCAUCUAAGCCCUUUACCAUAGUCUCAUUUCUCCUAUGCCAUCUAAGCCCUUUACCAUAGUCUCCUUUCUCCUAUGCCAUCUAAGCCCUUUACCAUAGUCUCCUUUCUCCUAUGCCAUCUAAGCCCUUUACCAUAGUCUCCUUUCUCCUAUGCCAUCUAAGCCCUUUACCAUAGUCUCCUUUCUCCUAUGCCAUCUAAGCCUAUCUUCCCCACUGAUCCAUCCGUUCAUGUAAUCCACCUCGCUGUAUUAUAUAUAUAUCCUCUCUCCUCCAUCUCCUGCAGUCGUACUUCAGAACACGAUACAUGCAAACGUUUAGAAAAAAAAAUAUAAUUGAUUACAUUCCAUUGCAAACUAAUGGAUUAAAAAGGCGUUUGUUUGUGUGUGUUUGUGUAUGUGUGUGUGUGUGUGUGUGUGUGUGUGUGUGUGUGUGUGUCGGAGUUCCCCACCCCUGCCCGUACCCUCCCGAAGCCCAAGAUCUGUUGUAUAUAUGUGCAAUAAAUAGUUUUUCUA